CACUCCACCGGCUGCUCCUCGACUUGAUCAGCUAAACCUGGCUGGCAGCAAGAGAGCAGUAUUAUGACUCUGGCUUUUUUGAGAAAUACUGCAACCUGGAAUAUCAUGCCUGGCAUUUAAAAGAUAUUUUGAGAAGAAAAAUUCUUUCUGUGGCAGAAGUGAGCCAGGACAGUUUUGGGCAUGUUCUGCAAAAAAUACAAAUUCUGAAGAGCUUUGACGGAAAUUGAGAGUGCAAUGGGAAACACCGUGAAAACACCGAGAGCCACGGAAGAAACAAAUGUGCCAAGCCAAAUGGGUCAGGAAAGUGAUUUCCUUGCUGUCCUCUAUGACUACCCCUCAGCAGACAUAAGCCAACCUAUAUUUCAUGUUGGGGAAAAACUACGUGUGCUAUCAGAUGAAGGAGGCUGGUGGAGAGUCCAUUCCCUCACAACAGGUCGGGAAAACUACAUUCCAGGAAAAUAUGUAGCUAAGGUUUACCACGGCUGGUUAUUUGAAGGGCUGGGAAGAGAAAAAGCAGAGGAACUUCUGCAGCUUCCCAACACCAAGAUUGGGUCCUUCAUGAUCAGAGAGAGUGAAACUAGGAAAGGUUUAUAUUCCCUGUCAGUGAGGCAUAGGCAAGUAAAGCAUUACAGGAUCUUCCGCCUCCCCAAUAACUGGUAUUACAUCUCUCCACGGCAAACUUUUCAGUGCCUUGAAGACCUUGUGAAUCACUACUCAGAAGUUGCUGAUGGUCUCUGCUGUGUCCUCACAACACCUUGUCUCACCCAGUGCACUAACAACAACAGCGAAACCAACCCAGUUCCUCCUGUGGUGAUGCGGAAUAAAAACUUCAGCUGGAGAAAUAUUCACAGGCUGGAGGUGACUGAAGACACUGAAAGCGCCCUGGCAGCAAUGGAUGAUUCCUGUCUCAGCUAUGGCCUGAGGGAAAGUAUUGCUUCCUACCUCUCCCUAACAGGGGAUGACAAUGCUUCUUUUGCAAGUGCCAGAAAGAAGAAAGCCCAAUCUUUUAUAUACACAGGGAGCAAACGUAAAAGUACCCUUCAUUUGCAACCUACAUACUAUGAAGACUAAAUGUAAGAAAACCAAGGGAAAAGAAACUAAACUAGGUGGUUAGAAGAGAAAACCAGCACAUCCUGUGGUCCUGCACUGCUUGGACAGCUGAGAGGUACAAGCACACCAGCUGAUCAAACACUGGCAGUGCUUCUGCAUUUCUUCUUAACCUUAACCAGAGACCUCAAGGGUGCUGUGUCAGCCAUGCAUAUGCUGGGAUGUCCCUGGUCCACCUGGAACUAGAACCUGCUCACCUACAGGACAAACUGAGAUGGACUCUAAUUCAAGAGCCAAGUGAGGAAAGUGACUCUUCAGCAAGGAUGAUGCCUACAAAUGUAUAAAAGUGAUUGCAUAGGGAAGGACUAACUACACCUCAAGACCUUAAAUUUUACUCUGUUAUUCUCCACAAGAUUGAAAACCAUCUUUACAGGACCUACCUACCUUUUUCUUCUCCAUAUAGAUUCAUUCAUUUAUUGCCAUUCAUAGUGGGUCAGAAAGUUCUCAACACCCCAAGAAAGAGUCUAAGAUAUGGCAUCCAAGAAGAAUCAGAUUAUAUAAACUCCAUACUUCUACUAUUUUUGUCCCUUUGAGGGGAAAAAAUUAAAAUUGUUGACUUUCUAAGUGGCAUUUAGUUGAACUGCUUGCAAUGACCUAGAGUGUCACAAAGAGGUCACAAAAUUCAGAAUAGGUUUAACUCAUUGAGAACAGCAGUUCCUACUUGACCUGAGCUGGGACUAUAUAUCCAAAAGCAUAACUUGGCUGCUCAUAGCCUAGCAAAUAAACAACAGAGACAAAAAGGAUUUUUAAAGUGAAAAGUAAAAUGUGGUGAUAUCACGCCUAGCUGGAAAGGUAGGCUUCCAAAGGCUUGACCAUUAGUGUGGACCAGAUUUUAAUCUCAUCUCCUGAAAGCACCCUUAUAUUUAUGUAUAAUAUCUAUUAAUAGAGGCUCUUUUAAAAAUAAUUAAACCAAGAGAAAAAUCAUAAGCAGCCAAUCUUAAAGAGUUUUCUGAAUUGCUUGUCCGAAGACAGACAAUUUUAAAUAGGCAUGACAUGUUUCAACGAAUUACUUAAAAUUUCAUAACUGGGUUACCUGAAAUUUCACCAAUUAGAGAUUUUUUCUAAAUAUAUCUUCCAUUCUUCUAAGUUAUAAAGGAGCAGAUAGCACGGGCCCUUGAACCUGAUUUGUGAUGGUUUUCUAAAUCAAGUUAUCACUCACAUUGGUGAGUGUAAAAUGCUGCAAUCAAUGUUUUUGUGCUAAGAUCUUUUCAAUCUACUAUUCUGUGAUAUUUCUUUGCACAGAGUCAAGUUAUGAAGGCUUGGAGAAAGAGAAAAUUAUGUUUAUUGUGUCCUAUGUAAAUACCUCUUAGCACAGCUGUGUGUGCUCUUUAGAUCUUGUGACAGAUCGUUUGCACUAGCAAGAGAUCAAAAUAGUUCACAGACUAUUCAAACAUAUUUCAGAUUUUAAAGGAUGAAUGUAAUUUGGCUGAUAAACGUUGAAUGCCAGAAAGCAAAAUGACUCAGGACCUCAGGCAUUUGUAUGAUCUCAUUAUUGUUACUGAUC